AUGGCCGUUUUAGUACAUACAGAACUUACGUACAAAUUUGUACAUAAAUUAGGAACAAUAUUUCCAUAUUUGUGCUUAGCGCUGGGGCACGGGCAGGGCCAUGGCUACGGCGCGGGCUGCGACCUGGACGUGUGCACCAGGGCCUACGACGAGUCCCUGGAGCGGCGCGGGCUGGCCGGCCCCGAGGGGUCGGCCGCCUUCUGCGGCGUGCUCUACGACUUCGGCACCUGCAUGUACAGCAUCCGGCGGGCCUGCCGCGGCAACAUCCGCUACCACACGUCCAACUCCAUGCUGAUACACUUGAAGACGAGCGGCGCCGCGGCCGCGGGCCCCGAGUGUAGCUACCGCGGCGGCAAGGCGUUCCGACACUGCGGCCUGUUCGGCGACCCGCACUUGCGGACCUUCACGGGCGCCAUGCAGACCUGCCGCGUGCAGGGCGCCUGGCCGCUCGUCGACAACCGCUACCUGGCCGUGCAGGUGACGAACGAGCCCGUCCUGGAGGACUCCAACGCCACCGCCACCACCAAGGUGACGGUGCUGGUGAAGGGGUCCGCGACGCCGUGCACGAACCAGAAGACGAAGACGUACGAGGCGACGGCGGACGCGGCGCUGCCCGACACGUUCAUCGACGGCACCAACACGUCGGGGCCCGGCGAGGCCGUGACCGUCCGCACCAGGGGAAGAGCCCGUUGCUUCGGGCCACUCUGGUGUACGCAGUCGGUCCAGAUGCCGCUAAGCAGAGUACCCGCGAUGUGCCCCAUGACGGUGCUGCACCUUUUGCCUACUUACAGUGGCAACGUGCGGCCUUUUGCCUACUUUUCAGGCGGCUCCGCGCCAGACUCACGGGGCGUGAGGGUAACUCAGUUCGCGCUAACGACGCUCUUCUCCUUCCCGCAGGUGGGCCGCUACCUGGCCUUCUCGACGCGCAUGCCCGAGGAGCUGGUGUCGACGCUGGACGCGCAGGUGCAGGGCGACGGCCAGGGCGACGGCGUGCAGCUGUGCGUGCAGGGCUGCCCGCACUCGGAGCGCAUGAACCUGGACAAGGACCGCGGCGCCGUGCUGUCCUGGACGGACGCCCUGGAGAAGUGCGUGUCCAAGACGCGGCCCGCCACCGCGCCGGCGUCGUCGUCGUCGUCGCCGUCCUCGGACGAGGUGCUCGGCGACCUGACGGACCAGUACCUGGACUGGUGCGUGUUCGACCUGAUGACGACCGGCAGGGAGGACUUCGCGCUGGCGGCGCACGCGGCCCUGCGCGACACGCUGGCCAUGGACCCCAGCGCGGCGGGCAGCCUCCGCAACCGCACCACGGCGCAGGACGUCGGCGCCAGCGACAGCGCGGGCGGCGCGGCGUCGUCCAGCACAUUUCUUCUCAUUGACUUUGGCCCCACCCAGAAUGUACAAACUUACAAGUCUAUUGAUUUCAAUCUGGUGUAUUAUCCAUGCUUCCAUUUUGUUCAAAUUUGUGUAAAGAUACUAAUGAGUCUUCUAGUGAGUGUGUUUGGAGGCAAGUACCUUCCAUUUUCAACUAUUUAUUGUCCAUUGAUAUCAAGGUGUAAAAAUUUUAUGAGCUGUUUUCAGUGGAUGCAACAUAUGUUGACUAAGCCAAUCAAUUGA